AUGCCAAACCAAAUUUUAAAAUUAUCUAGUAUUGAAGAAGACAAUACCAAAAAAAUUUUCAGAACUGCAUAUUUUAUAGCGAAGAACCAGAGACCUUUUACAGAUAUGCCUAAACUUGCAGAUCUACAUCAAAUUAAUGGUCUACAUAUGAGCCGUAUCCUUCAAACAAACAAAGCCUGUGGUAAUAUAAUUGACCAUAUAACCUUACAAAUGAGAAAAAAGUUGUGUAGUGAAAUCGUUGUAAACAAAGAAAAUUCUGUAUUGUUGUAG